CCGUGUCCAUUCAUCUCCUUCACAGCCAUUGAAGAAGAAGAAGAAGAAGAAGAAGAAGAAUUCACAGACUAGAUGGGGAAUUGCCAAGCCAUUGACAAUGCAACUCUGGUGAUUCAACACCCAUGUGGCAGAGUGGACAAGCUCUACUGGCCUGUCACCGCCGGUGAGGUUAUGAAAACCAACCCUGGCCACUAUGUCGCCCUCCUCCUCACCACCACCACCACCACCUUCUCGGAUGCCACUAACCACCAACCCAACAGCAACAACCCCAAUUCUGUACGCAUUACCCGUAUUAAGCUUCUCCGGCCGACGGAUACCCUGACUCUCGGCCAUGUUUACAGGCUCAUCACAGCUCAAGAGGUGAUGAGAGGAUUGUGGGCGAAGAAGUAUGCUAAGAUGAAGAAGAAACAGUCGGAAUCUGAUAAGCGAGAAGUGGUGAAAGAGAGGCCUGGUUGUGAUUCUCAGAUUCAGUACAGAAGAUCUGAGAUGGUGCAGAGCAAACAGGUGCCAAAACAAGAAAGGAAUCGAACAAGGGUGACCGCAUCAUCCGGAAACUGCCCUGCUUCCAAAUCAAGAGCAUGGCAGCCUUCACUGAAGAGCAUCUCUGAGGCCACAAGCUAAUUGUGCUUCGGAUCCUUUUAACUCCGUGUCCAUGUCCUUGAUGUGUACGAGAGAUUGCUUAAACUGGUGAAGUGCAGAUAAAGUCCAGUACUUACCUGAAGUGGGUAGGUUUGCUGAGAGAGGAAGAAGCUGGUUAGAGCCUGUACAGCAAAAGAAAGAGAGGUGAAUGUCAUCAUGAUUGUAAUCAGCUGCUGUUUUAAUGGAAUUAAACUUGUUCAAACAAA